AUGACGGCUGAUACACCUCAAGCUGUAGAACCCUGGGUUCCACUGGGAGGGAUAUACGAGGAAAGGCCACAGGACCUGUUCGAACCCAGCGAACCGGUCGUCUUUAUUGCGGUCAUGGGGAUGACAGGUGCUGGCAAAAGUACCUUCAUUUCACAUUGCACAGACGAGGAAGUCGCUAUAAGCGAGCCAGGAGCUCUCCAAUCUUGCACUCAGGAGGUGCGCAUUCACAGAUGUAAACACUUCAGUCCGCAUGCCAAUGUGUAUCUGGUAGAUACUCCGGGCUUUGACGAUACGAACCGUAAAGACACGGACAUACUCAAAGAGAUAGCCACCUGGUUGACGGAGACAUACAAGCAGAAAAUACGCUUGCGAGGUAUUCUAUAUCUACACCGUAUCUCUGACAACCGUAUGGGCGGGUGUGCUCGAAGAAAUCUCUCUAUGUUCAAGAAACUGUGCGGUCAUGAAGGAAUUAAAAGUGUGAUAUUUCUCACCACUUUUUGGGAGAAAGUAGAUGAGUCCGAUGGUGACAGCCGCGAGGAGGCGUUGAAAACUACCGAUGACUUCUGGGGCUUCUUUGUCAGAAGGGGGGCCCGAGUCCGGAGGCAUUGGAACAAUCGUGAUUCUGCGUUAUCAGCAAUACAGGAAUUUGUUCCCGUUGGUGCAGAUAAACCGCCCGAGGAGAUGAAAAUGGCCAUCCAGACUGAGAUGGUCGACUCUGGAAAGAAUCUGGAUCAAACUUCAGCUGGCCAGGAGCUGCAGAGCGAGCUUCAAAAAGAGCGAGAGAAAAUGCAGCAAGAGAUGAAAGAAAGGGAGCUGGAGAUGAAAGAAGCUAUAGCAUUAAAAGAUAAGGAGUUGAUCGAGAUUUUCCGACUGGAGCAAGAAAAGCAGGCUGAAGAUUUCAAACGAAGAGAUAUGGAGAUACAGGAACUCAAGAUCAGCAUGGAGAGAAUGCACGAGGAGAAAAUCCAAAGACUGGAGGCCCGACUGCUCCAGCAGCAGAACGAAAAUCGAGAGCAUCGAGAAGAGACGGAUCGAAUGUACCGAAGAUACCAGGAAGAGCUACAAUGGCUUCGAGGCGAGCGCGACAAUUAUGCGAGUAGAAUGGAUGGCCUGAGCCAACAAAUAAGUGAUUUGAAAAAUGAUAGGUCUGCAAGGCAAGAAGCAGACACCAACCAAACAUGCCCGGCCUGCCAUGAGACAUUCAUAUCUACGAGCCAACUUUUCGAGCACAUACAAGGCGAACACCCCUUAAAUGCGGAAGAGGAGGAGUAUGAGGAUGAAUAUGCGGAACAACCAUCAGAUGGCAUCCACCAUCAGAUCGACCCAUACCUGACUUGCUUAACAUGUGAGGAACAUUUCUACGAUAGGGACGAUCUUUUCGAACAUAUCGAAGACCUCCAACACGGUAUAGAUCUCGUUACAGGGAAGCCUGAGCCAUAUACGAGACCGGCUAGAUUUCGGCCGCGGCAAUACAACUGGUGGACGAAUUGCUUGGCCUGUGGGAAGUACUUUAGCGAUAGGAACGAUCUUUUCGAGCAUAUCGAAGCCCUUCAACACGGCAGAGAUAUCAAUACGGGGAAGUCUGAGCCUUACAGGAGAGCAGCUAAAUCCAAAGCAGCUAAAGGCAAAAAUUGGCGAUACUAG